GUCUAGAGCCUCGGCUCUAUACAUACUGCAUCCACCCUUAGACGGCGGACUCAGCCCUUGUCCAUGGAAAGUUAACGACCUACGACGGUGGAUUGUAGGCCUGAAUACCCAACGAUGAAAGAGAGUGCAUCACCAAAGGCCAUGCUACUUUUUAUUGUUUAGGAAAGCGAAGCCACCUUAUUCAGGUGAAACGAGAAGCAGAGCAGGCAAGCAACACAGGGAGAAGAAGGGGAAAGAAUAACCGGGUUUUUGCUUUGCUUUCAUCCAAGAAGAAGGAUUGAUCAUUCAUUUAUAUCCGUAGCAGUAGUUGUUGGUUUGAGUAGGAAAGAAUACUAGGAUAGUAGUAGCAGUAGGGUUUAGUGAUGGCGGCAGAGAAACCAGAAGCUGUUCGAGUGCUGUACUGUCCCAUAUGCAGCUUGCCCGCAGAAUACUGCGAGUUUGGUCCCGACUUUGAGAAAUGCAAACCUUGGCUCGUCCAAAACGCACCCGACCUCUACCCCCAUCUCCUUCUUAACAAAGAGUCAUCAGACGAGGCAGCUGCAGGAGGAGAGAAGGAUGCUUCUUUAAAGGCGACAUCAGAUCAGCUUCAGUCCCUGGAAAUUUCUUCUGGUGAUGGGGGAGGAGGCAGAGGUGGUACAUCAACUUCUAAACAUGAUGAAGUAAAACGCCUUCCUGGUGGCAAGAUAAAAAAGAAGGACAAGCAAGAGGUGGUCAUUGAAAAGGUUGUGCGUAACAAGCGCAAAUGUGUUACUAUUAUUAAAGGCCUUGAUCUUUUCGGUGUUAAAUUAAGUGAAGCUUCAAAGAAACUUGGGAAGAAAUUUGCAACAGGAGCAUCGGUUGUUAAGGGGCCAACUGAAAAGGAGCAAAUUGAUGUGCAAGGGGACAUAGCCUAUGAUAUUGUGGAAUUCAUUACAGAGACUUGGCUUGAUGUAGUUGGGAAGAUAUGUGAUAUUCUUCUCUUCCAAAAUUCCAGGUUCCUGAGACUGCAAUAUAUUUUAUUGAAGAGGGCAGAAAGGUUCCUGCUGCUUAAGUGGAUGAAGCAUUACCUGGUCUCUACAUGUUUGAAAGCAAUAACUGAAAUUUUCAACUCUCUUUUCCCAUUUGAUGAUGCAUGAAAUUUACAAGUAUCUCUUUUCCCAUUUGAUAGAUGCAUGAAAUUUACUUGGAAAAGUGUAUGCCCAUAUCUACUAUUCACUCAGAAGCCAGCUGUGAAAAUAGCUGCUGUAAUAAGAACAUUGAAUAAGGACCGAUGAACUUUGCAUAAUGGUUGGUGCAACUAGUGCUUGUAUGCCUUGAAAACUGAGACGAAUUUCCAGGCAUCCAAUCUUCUUGCAUGAAAUUGAAGGUAGCUUCAUGCAUAUGGAAUGUUCCCAAAUAUAGAGCACCAAUAUAUUUGUCUAUGCAUGAGUCAUUCAAAACGAAAUCUUCAUGGUUUUUUAUUCCAGUAACUUGUAUGUAAAAUUUGUUUCAUGUUUCCA